CCCACCAGGGAAGUGCUCGGCUCAGGAAGCACCACUGACUCAGAACCAUGGCACCCUGGGCUGCAGGCCUGGCUGCCUGGACCGUUCCAGCAGGUGUUGGAAAAUGAGGGGUGGGGUUGUCCUGGCAGAGAUGUCACUGGUCUGGGGAGGGGCUUGGUGGCUGCAGCCCACUGCCCUGAGAGGUGUGUUGCCAGGAAGCAGCCCCAGGGUGAGGAAGCCAAGGCCUGGGCUCUGGACCAAGACAGUUUCUAGCCCCUUGUCAUUGGCUGGAGAGGGCUGGUCUGGUCCAGUCUACUGUGGGGUCAGCCUGCCCGGGACUCUAGAAGUCCCACUCUUCUUCCUGGACACGCUGCCCCUGCCCAGAGCCACUGAUAGCCCAGGUUGCACUCACCCCACCAGUGGCUCUAGGUGGAGGAUUCAUGAGGUGUUGAAGACUGGGAGUGGUGGUGGGGACCCCCCCUCCUGAUGAGCCUGGACUGUCAACGUCCUGUCAGCCUGUGCCUCCUUCCUUGCACCCCCGACAUCUGGCCGAUGUCGGGCUUGGUGUUCCCUGUCCUGGUGGCCACCUCCCUAGGGGCGGGGAGGGCAGUGUGACAGGUGUGGUGGGAACCUGGCAUCUGGAGGGAGUGGCCCCACCACAGGCACCCUCCCAUGGGGAGGAGCAUUAGUAUCCAGCGGCAGGUAGGCCGAGGGUUGCGGGCAGAACAGGCAAGGAGGUGCCAGCCAGAGGGAGGAGGCACCAGCAGGUGGGAAGAGCCUGCUGGCCCGCUGGGGUCUGUCACUGGGGAGUCUGACUCCUGGGCUGCUGGCCACCUAUCCUGAAGCUUCCAUCCUCCUUCAUCUGCUUUUCCCGUUUGUCUUCUGUGGUCUCCGAGGGUCUGUCUCUGCCCAGCUUUCCUGGGAGUCUCUGUCUCCUCUCCACGCCUGUCUGGGAUCCUUCCUGGAGUCACCCAGGUCCACCUGGCUCUUGGCUGGGGCAUCCCCCAAGUGUAGCUCAGAAUCUGCGGUGCUCCGUUUGUCUGUCCCUGUCCCUAAUCCUCUUCGGAACCCCUCUGGGUCUCACCUGCCUGUGUGCCUCCAGUCCAGAUCUCUACUUGCACACUCCUCUGUCCCAACUCCCAGUCUCCUUGCCUCCUGGGCUCUGCUUCCCCUUCUCUGGACGCCCCUGCCCCGUGUGGGGUGAUCCUUCCAGAGCCCAGCCCCUGACCCUCCCCAGAUCCCCUCUGCCGUCUCCCCCCGGCCCCUUCGCUGCCUGACCGCCUGUCCCCGCAGGCCGGGUCCAGAUGCCCUGCCCUCGGCCGCCCUGGAUCCGCCGCCCCCGGGUCCCCCUGGGCUCGGAGCCUAGCAUCCCGGGCUCGCCGUCCACACUCCGGCCCCCCAGCAGGGGAGAGGACGAAGACGAGGGUGGUGAGGAGGAAGGGGACGGCAGCCAGGGACCCAUCCUGCCGCCCGCGUCCCCCGUGGAAUGCCUCAUCUGCGUGUCGCCCUUCGACAGCGUAUUCAAGCUGCCCAAGUGCCUGGACUGCAGCCACGUCUUCUGCCUCGAGUGCUUGGCUCGUCUGUCUCUGGCCACGGCGGGCGGCGGCGACGCGGUGGCCUGUCCCGUGUGCCGCGCGCCCACGCGCCUGGCCCCACGCCGCGGGCUCCCCGCGCUGCCCACGCAGCUCGGCCUGCUGCCCGGCUCCGCACGCGCCCCGCCGCCGCUCCAGGGCUCCGUGCGCUUCGACCGCCGGCGCGGCCUGCUCUACGUGCGGCAGCCGCCGCCCGCGCCCGGACCGCGCAAGGCCCGCCCCCCGCCGCCGCCGCCGCCGCUGCGCCUCGGCCGCCCGCUGUCGCGCCGCCUGACGCUGGCCAGCUCGGCCCGGGUCUUCCACGCGGCCGUCGCCCUGGCAGUGCUUGUGGCCGCGGGCCUCGUGGUCACGGGCCUCUACAUCAUCUUCCUCAUCCCGCGCGCCACCACCUCCAGCCCCGCUCGGCCCCAGCUCGUGGCGCUCGCCGCGGCGCCCGGCUUCUCCUGGUUCCUGCCUCGGCCCACGCCGGCGGCGCCCUGGAUCCCCGGCUGGAUGCCGCGCCCCGUGGGCCAUGACCUGAACGCCGCCCCACCGGGGGCUGCAGAGGACGCGCUGGAGCCCGAGGGGGUUCCCGAAGAGACAGAGACGCCGGACGGGUCCUUGGACCGCAGGUGGGGGGCGGAGGCUUGGCCUGACUGGGCCCCGCGGGCACGCGGCGGGUGGAGGCGGUGGGGGGCGCAGUAAAAGCAUCCGCGCCGCAGGCCCUGCCUCAGACCUGGGGACCCCAGUGUCAUCCUGAUGUUCGCCAUGAUCCCCGUGGAGGCCUUAGAGGGCGCAUGGCAAGCACCCAUUUCUCUAGAGAGGCCUGGCAUCAUUAGCACGGAGCAGGGACCCUCUCAAGGAGCACCCCUGACACCAAUCUCUGUGGGCAUCCAGCUGUGGGACCCCCAUGUCUGUAAAGGUCCUGCUGGGAGGCACUCAUACAGCUGGGGGUACACUCGAUCCUCAGCUCUUGUGGGAGUCCAGCUGCAGGGUCCCUCUGACCAACAUCGUGCAGUGGCCCUGCUAGGGGUACCCCAUCCCUGAUCCUCGUAAGUGUCCUACUGAAUACACCCCAAUCAUCAGAACUCCAGGAGAACGCUCAUCCUUGGCUGGCACCAGAGCUUAAGUCUCUGAUUUACUCAUCCUUUGGGCUUUCUGCAGGUGCUGGGGGCCCCCAUCUUUGGAUGGCAGACUAUUCCCUGGCCACACCUGUGAGUGGCCCACUGCAGGACCAACCACCCCACUCCUCCCCAGGCUGUGGAGUUGCUGCCUGCAGGCUGAGCCUGGGUGGGAUCCAGCCAUCUCCAUGUUGGUCCUGCAUUUGCUGCCUUACAGAUCUGGCUGGGGCUUGGGCUUGAAGGGGGAGGUGUGGCCUGGCCAGGACUGGGGAGAGACAGACAGGGCCUGAGCCUCAAAAACUGGCUUCCACUUGGGUCCUGAAUAUCAACUUGCAAUGGGACCUCGAUUUCCCCUAUGGCUAGUGGCUUCUGAGAUUCUCCUAAUAUGCUGAGGGGCAGCUGCGGUCACUGAGCCUCAAAGAGGCCAAGGUUGCCCUCUGGGUCAGACAGUGUCAUGUGAUUUGGGGUGAGGGAUCGCUCCUGGACAUCCCUGGCCACUCUCCUUAGCCACUAGAGCCCUCAUCACCCCCAUCUCCACUCAUUAAAUACUCAGUGUCGGUUACUUCACCUCCUCCAGGGCUCCAUCAGCAUUUUGUGGCAAGCCUGCUGUACACCAGGGCGAAUGAAGCCUCAGCCCUCCUUCAGCAGGGAGAGUGGUCCUCCUCUCAGAAGCCUUCCUGGGUUAGUCACAGUGGUGUAGAUAGCAGCCACCUUCUGCACAAACUAAACAUGGACUUUCUGUCUCCCCCUCAGGCCCUGGAGCCCCGAGUCUGCCUCACUUCACCCCAGGUUGGGAUCCAAUAUGCCCCUCCUCAUGCCUUCCCUCCUAACCCCCAGGCUGGGAGAGUUACGGUGAGGGAGUAGAACUGGCAGGGAUGGGCCCAGCCAGGGGGGUCAGAAGGGGCCCUUGGCUGGUGGUGCACGGAAGAGAAAGAUGAUGCUUUCUGCCUGAGGGUGUUCAAGGAAGGCUGCCUGGAGGAAGAGGCCUCGGGGCUGUAUCUUUUUUUUUUUUUUUUUUUGCGGUACGCGGGCCUCUCACUGUUGUGGCCUCUCCCAUU